GUAUCCUAAAAAGACGGAAGCAAGUCCACGACACAACCGGAAGUUUACAGUUCAGCAUACUUACAGCGUUGUGAAGUAAUCCUGUUCGAUAUUUUUUGGGCCUUUUUCUUGCAUUGUAUUAUUAACAAACGCAACAAUGUCAGAAAGAAAAGUCUUGAAUAAAUACUACCCUCCAGAUUUCGAUCCUGCCAAAAUCCCAAAGCUUAAACUACCCAAAGAUCGUCAGUAUGUGGUCAGAUUGAUGGCUCCAUUCAAUAUGAGGUGUAAAACAUGCGGCGAGUACAUCUACAAGGGAAAGAAAUUUAACGCACGUAAAGAGACCGUUCAGAACGAACACUACAUGGGACUGCCAAUCUUCCGAUUCUACAUCAAAUGCACCCGGUGUCUUGCUGAGAUCACAUUUAAGACUGACCCAGAGAACACGGACUACGCCAUGGAGCACGGUGCAACGCGUAACUUCCAGGCUGAGAAACUAAUGGAGGAAGAGGAGAAGAGAAUCCAGCAGGAAAGGGAAGACGAAGAGUUAAACAACCCCAUGAAGGUGUUAGAGAAUCGCACAAAGGAUUCCAAGAUGGAGAUGGAAGUUCUGGAGAAUCUCCAGGAACUGAAGGAACUAAACCAGAGGCAGGCUCUAGUGGACUUCGAGGGAAUGAUCGAUCAAUACAGAGAGCUGGAAAAGAGAGAGAGAGAAAGAGAAAAAGAAGAGGAUGAGCGUGAAACAAAAGAGAUGUUGGAGCGUGUGCUGGUGAAGAGGCUGAGGGACUCUGACUCUGAUUCAGACAGAGAAGAGGAGAGCAGCAGCAGCCAGUCAAAGAAGUCCUGUGCAGAUAAACCAACAGAUAUCCUCACCACUGAUAAAGCAGCUGAUGUGCAGGGAGCUUCAUCUGGGGGAGGAAAGAGGACCAAGGUGGAGAGCUGGGAGAAGAGUGUUGGAACCCUGGGAGGUCGAGGGGCACUUAGCUCCCUGGUGGUGCGAAAGAAACCAACAGUGAUGGAUAAAAGACCCAGUACAGAUGGAGCAACUGCUUCUCUUGCAUCACGAUCAGAUUCAAAGGCAUCAACAGGUCCUAAACCCAGCGUUUCCCAAAACGGCUCAUCAUCGCUCAGUCUGCUGGGGGCGUAUUCAGACACUGACAGCGAAUGACACAGAGAUGAGGAGAAGAAAACCUGCUGUGGUCGACCUUUCCACUCAGAAACUAAAUCAUAUGAAAGUUCUGGAUAUUGGUUCAUGUUAACUGAAAGGCAGUUAUCUGGAAAAGUAUAUUUUUUGAUUUAAAACAAAAAUAAAUUAAUUCUGUAACAUUUUAAACAAAGCUUCAAUUAUUCCAUUAAAAUAUUUCAUUCAAACUUGA